AUGCGCCAUCUCCUGCCCGUCAACGGCAUGCUGCUGCCGAUUAGCCAGAAUGUCGACAAGCUUCUGGUGAAGGCUUUGAAGGAAUGCGUCCCGGUGCGACUUCUCAAAUGGUUCUUCGACGAGCGGCUCUUUCAAGAAACGAUGAGACCAAUCGACUACCCCUCGAACGAGCCGACACCGAAGCGCAUCCUGUUGACGGGCGGCACUGGCGGAAUUGGUAUAUUUAGUUCUUCUUGCGAGUAUUAUCUUUCUUUUUCCGGCCUGGAGACCGUGCAGCAACUGUGUCUACUCGGCCACGAAGUGACGUUUUCUGGAAGGAGCAGAGAGAAGGCCGAGGCCGCCAGGCAGAUCAUUUUGCGGCGGAAUCCAAACGCCCGGGUUGACUACGUCGUCAUGGAUCUCGAAGAUUUCACCCAGAUCCAGCGCGGCUUCAGUUGGCUGAUGCUGCAGAAGAAGAAGCCUUACGAGAUACUGAUCAUGAACGCCGGCGUGAUGCUCGACCCGAACGGCAGCACGAAGGACAAGUUGGACAGCGCCUUUCAGGUUAAUUAUCUUGCCCACUUCCUUCUGGCCCGGCUCGUCAUUGAAUCGAAGCAGCCCACGGACAAACUGCACAUCGUCUGCCUCGCGUCGACGUUGAUUGGUGUCGACUUCAAGUUCCUCUGGUCAACGCCGAAAACUGAGGAUGGCUACUUGAAGAUUGUGGAUGCGCCGAAUAAGAAGACACACAAUUGUGGCUGGGGUGAAUACCGUGCCUCGAAGCUCCUGAUCGCCGGCCUCGCCCAAGUUUUCAACGGAACCAAAGCCAUCACUGCCGUGGCUGUGAACCCAGGAAACGUGCGGACCGAUAUGGCGCGCUACAUGCCGUGGAGGGCGAAGCUUGGCCUGGCCGUCUUCGCGUGCACCCUGAUUUCAACGGAACGCGCCGCGAAGAACGUCGUCCAGGCCGCGCUGCACACCGUCGACAAGGAGGACCGGCUGUGGUUUGACCAAAGCGAGCUCGUCGCCCAGCCGGAAACCGUCCAUCGGGCCCAAUUCGACCAGUGGCUGGACCGGUGGAGCCGCGAGCUGCUGUUGAAGCGCUUCCACGUCGUCGUCCCUCCCACAAUU